UCGUAUAACCAGUUUAACGCAAAUCUUCUUCAUAAUAUGUAAAGGAGAAGUUCGAUAUCAGAGUCACAGAUGUCUCAAUGCAGUAACUCGUAGUGUUACCUACUAACUUUUGAUAAUGAACACAACGGUUUUGAGAAAAAAAAUGUCAACAAUGCUCGUUUUGCAAAAAUGUUGUAAUUAUACGUACUACUAGAAAAAAAGAGAAAUUCAUGAAAAUUUCAGCUUUCGUCAUCCCGGAGACGACCAGAGCCCAUGGAUACUAUGGCCAAUGCCGAGUCGUCCGAAAAACAGCAAACCGAAUGGAACGACAUGAGCUUGUUGUGCAGGGCCAAAUAUAUGGUCGGCAAAACGACUGUGGAACUGUUGCUAGGCCUGUACAUAGUGUCCACGAUUCUUUUAACGUUCUCCGCGCUAAACUUGAACCUUCAAAAAGCGUGUCGGGUGAAUUUAAAAUUGGACAACGACACUUGCUCGGCAAUGGAAAGCCGUUCGUCGGCAGCAAACGGCACGUCCAAAGGCGAAAUACUAGCCCAACAGCUUGUUUCCGACAUGCUCGUGUGGAAAUCCAUCGUACAGAAUUGUAUACCAUGCGUGCUGGUCAUAUACAUCGGGUCGUGGAGUGACCGGAACCGCAGGCGGAAGCCCUGCUUGAUAGUGCCGAUAGUCGGUCAGUUUUUCGCCUCGGUAGGCGUUCUAGCCUGUUACUAUUAUUUCGAUCAAUUGCCCAUGGAAGUCACCGGUGUCGUUGAAUCCAUAUUCACCGCAUUCACGGGAGGCGCGAUUACGUUAACCUUGGCUGUGUUCAGCUAUAUUGGCGACAUCUCCACGGUUGAAACUAGAACUUUGAGGAUUGGUAUGGUAAAUGUGUUCACGUCACUGGGGGGGCCAAUUGGUGCAUCUUUUGCUGGUUAUAUGUUGCCAAGAAUUGGAAUUCCAGGUGUAUUAAUAACUUCAUCUAUAUUAAUGAUAUUAACGGCCAUAUAUGGAUUACAAUUUAUCAAGGAACCCUAUAUCGCUUCACCCGUGGAAACGGACAAAUCAAAACACUAUAAAAAAUAUUCAUUAGGCCAUAGCGUAAAGGAUUUCUUUAACGUACAGCACAUGAAAGAUGCGAUUCGGGUGACAUUCAAUGAGGGGCCGUAUCAUAGGAGAACAAGGAUUAUUUUGCUCCUGAUAAUGACAAUGUUUGUCAUGGGCCCGACACAAGGAGAAAUGGCUAUAAUGUAUAUGUAUACCCGUGUCCAGUUUAAUUGGAAAGAGGAACAAUUUAGUUGGUUUCUUACAUACUCAAUGAUAACCAAUGUUGUAGGCACUACUAUAUCAGUUAGUUUGUUCUGUCAAUAUUUGAAAAUCGACGAUGCUGUAGUCGGGGCAAUGGCGUGUAUGAGUAAAAUAUUAGGUGGACUGAUUUACACGUUUGCCAAGACCGAUUGGGUGUUUUAUUUAGGACCCAUAAUGGAAAUGAUGAGUGCCACGGGUAUCGUGGCUUUAAGGUCCAUCGUGACAAAGCUGGUUUUGCCUACCGAACUAGGUCAAAUCACCGCUGUGUUUGGUGUUUGUGAAACACUCGUUCCAGUGAUCUAUAAUCCUAUGUACAGUGCUAUCUAUAGAAAUACUCUAAACACCAUGCCGGGCUUGUGUUUCCUGGUUGGAUCAUCAUUACUUUUGGUGGCUAUGUUUUUUUUCUUAUGGAUUUAUACGGCGCACAAAAAAGAAAAACUCGUAAACCGAUUAGUCAAAGUAACUAACGAAAAUGUUGAUAAGAAACCUGAAAACGAUACAGACCGAUUUGGAUCAUACUCCAAGCUGCCAUCCACUGACCUAAUAGUUUCCAAUUGAUGUAAAAUAUAAUAUUAAAGAGUUUUAUAUGUCCUUACAAUUUUAUUAUUUAUUUUUUAAUAUCGACUAUCUUAAUAUUUAAUUUAAAUAUUUUUAGUACCUCGGUUUAUAUUAGCUAAGACAUACUUUUAUAAAUGGAAUGUGAUAAUAUGAUAAUAUAGACUUUCAUGUGA